AUGUAUGUUCCAGUCACACCAAUUAGCAGUGACCUCGUGCUGAAAUCACAGCCAGAUAACAUUAUUCCUGUUCCAAUUACGUGCCAUACAAGAGGACUAGAUAUCAGAAGUGAAACAGCACAUGUCCUCUGUCCGGCAAACUGUCCUAUAUGGCAGUACAGUGUAAUUGGAAAUGUUGUGUAUGCCUCCUUGUCCAGCGUCUGUGGAGCUGCUGUUCACAGAGGUGUGAUUACUAGUUCAGGUGGACCUGUAAUGAUGCAAAAGUUAGCAGGGCAAGAGAGCUAUUCUGGAAUAUAUGCUAAUGGAAUCCAGUCCCAAGGGCUUGGUAAAUGGUCAUCAUCAUUCUCAGUUGCCAGAGCAAGUAGUAGAGUACUUGAAGCAGCUGCACGGCCAGUUUCAACAGCACGCCCAUCUACAGGAAAACGGCAUAAGAAGCCUGUUUUGAAAAAGUCUGGGAACCAAGACUGUAAAGCGGAUAUUGCUUUUCUGAUUGAUGGAAGCUACAAUAUUGGGCAGCGUAGAUUUAAUUUGCAGAAGAACUUUGUUGGGAAACUAGCGGUGAUGCUGGGAGUUGGAUCUGAAGGACCACAUGUGGGAGUUGUACAAGCCAGUGAGCAUCCCAAAAUUGAAUUUUACCUGAAAAACUUCACUACAGCAAAAGAUGCUUUAUUUGCCAUAAAAGAGAUAGGCUUCAGAGGAGGCAAUUCCAAUACAGGAAAAGCCUUGAAGCAUGCAGCACAAAGAUUCUUCUCUGCAGAAAAUGGAGUACGCAAAGGGAUUCCUAAAAUCAUUGUAGUUUUCAUAGACGGUUGGCCAUCAGAUGAUAUUGAAGAAGCUGGCAUAGUGGCCAGAGAAUUUGGUAUUAAUGUAUUCAUUGUGUCCGUUGCAAAACCUGCACCUGAAGAACUUGGGAUGGUUCAAGAUGUUGCCUUUGUUGACAAGGCUGUCUGUCGAAACAAUGGCUUCUUCUCCUACAACAUACCCUCCUGGUUUGGUACUACAAAAUAUGUGAAACCUCUCAUUCAAAAACUAUGCGCUCAUGAACAAAUGCUCUGCAGCAAGACUUGCUACAACUCAGUCAACAUAGCUUUCCUGAUUGACGGUUCCAGCAGUGUUGGAGACAGUAACUUCCGUCUUAUGCUUGAAUUUAUUAGUAACAUCGCCAAAGCAUUUGAGAUCACAGAUAUCGGUUCCAAAAUAGCAGUGGUACAGUUCACUUACGACCAACGCAUUGAGUUCAGCUUUACAGACUACAUCACAAAAGAGAGGGUUAUUGCUGCUGUUCGAGGAGUUCGUUACAUGAGUGGUGGAACUGCUACUGGAGAAGCCAUCACACACACAACCAGAAAUGUUUUUGGACCAGUGAGAAAUGGACCGAACAAGGACUUCCUGGUGGUUUUGACUGAUGGCCAGUCUUACGAUGAUGUCAGAGGGCCAGCUGUUGCAGCUCAAAAAGCAGGUAUAACUGUAUUCUCCAUCGGCAUUGCUUGGGCCCCACUGGAUGAUCUAAGGGAUAUGGCAUCUGAACCAAAGGAAACACACACCUUCUUCUCCAGAGAGUUUACAGGAUUGGAGCAGAUCGUUCCGGAUGUUAUUCGAGCCAUAUGCAAAGAUUUCUUGGACUCCAAUCAGUGAAUGGGAGGCUCCUGAAGAUCAUUUUAAAUUACAUAAGGAAAACCAAGUUCUCUUUAUGGUACAAAUGUUAUAUUGUUCUAGCACACAAAGUUGCAAAGUUUG